GAAUACGUGGAAAACGGCGGUUUAUGCAGUGUUCUUGCAGUUUUAAUGCACUACUUUUACCUCACCAACUUCUUCUGGAUGUUUGUUGAAGGCUUAUAUCUUUUCUUGCUGGUUGUGGCAACAUUCACAGGAGAAAAGGUCAAAUUGCAAAUAUAUAUCAUCAUUGGAUGGGGUAUUCCUGGUGUUAUUGUUGUGACAUGGGCUAUUAUCAAACACCUUGGAAAAACUGCACCAGACAAUGCGGCAAGUACUGAUUGUAAAUCCAUAUCUUAA